UCGCGACUCGCGUGACGCGCAUCCACCCAAGUUUCUCAUAUUUCCAUUGGUUGAUUCCGUUCGACUUAUCCUUGGAAUCCUUACAUCUCGCCAAAUUUAUGUAUCAUGCCUCUGCAUUCGGUCGAAGUUGAUAAUUUCAAGUCUUACAAAGGAGUACAGACUAUCGGUCCGUUCAAACAUUUUACCGCUGUCAUCGGCCCCAAUGGCGCUGGUAAGAGUAACUUGAUGGAUGCAAUCUCGUUUGUUUUGGGAGUCCGAUCCGCCCAAUUACGCUCAACUCAACUCAAAGAUUUGAUCUACAAAGCCGGUGAACUGGAAGACUCAUCUACACCCCAUGAACAACCUAAGAAAGCAUCUGUCACCGCCAAUUAUAUCGAUCACAGGAAUGGUCAACAGUAUCGGUUUUCCCGAACAAUCACCGUUUCUUCCGAUAAGUCAGGCUCCUCAAUCUACACGAUCAAUAAAAAAGUAGUCAAAUUGGAGGACUAUGUGGCCACCCUUGAAUCCCACAACAUCCUCGUUAAAGCAAAAAACUUCCUAGUCUUUCAAGGUGACGUCGAGGCUAUCGCCAGCCAAAACCCUAAAUCCCUUAGUAAAUUGAUCGAUCAAAUCAGUGGCUCUUUGGAAUUAGCAGCCGAAUAUGAGCGAAAGAAAGCAGCUUAUUUGGAGGCAUCGAAAAAUUCAAACGACACGAUUGCUAGACGACGAGUGAUUAAUGCAGAGAUUAAGGAUUUCAAACAUCAGAAAACUGAAAUGGAGAAAUACGAUCAGCUUUGUCACGACCGAGAUGAGGCCAUAAUCCACCAUUUACUCUGGAAACUGUUUCACAUCGAGGCGCAGAUAAAUGAACAUUUAGAAUCCAUCGAAUCCAAGAAUGAAACUCUAGGGCCCAUGCGUCUCGAAGUGGCUGACCUGGAGCGAUCUGUGGCUGCGGCCCGACGCGAAUAUGCUCAAGUGACAAGGGAGGUGGCGAGAACAGAGAAUGAAUUAAAAUCAAAAGAGAAGUACAAAGAGGAAGAGAAGUUACCUCGACUCGUGGAAUGUGAAGAGAAGUUGAAACACUUAGAAAAAAAGAAGCUUAAUGAAGAGAAAACUAUGGCAAACCUUAGCAAGGAGAAGACCGCCAAGGAAAAGGAACUGGUCACGCUCCGACGACAAUUGGCCAUUGUAACCGAAGCUCGUGACAACUUCUACGCCAAGCAACAGGCCAGUAACCGAAAUAUAUCAAUCUCCGAAGAUAAGCUCAAAGAAUACCAAACACUGAAAGCGAAGAGUGCCAAUGAAUGCCCUAAAGAGCAUGAGCUUAUCAAAACCAUAAAUCAAGAUCUCAAAACGAAAACCUUUAAACUGAGUCAAUUAGAGGAUCAACUCGAACAAGCCCAAACUCGGUAUAAAAAACUCGACCAGGAUCACGAUACCCAAACAAACAGGAAAACUAUGACCGAAAACAAAAUCGAUGGCGUGCUUCGUGAGUUAAAUAAGAAGAGAAAGCAGAUUCAUGACGUUCAAGCGGAAAGGACCCGUCAAGCUCAAACCGAAACUGAACUCAAAGAAAAGCUUCAAGAUUGUUUGAAAAAGAUCAGCGAGGCUGGUGCAGCCCAACGUGAGACCGACUCUGAAGUACGUAUGCGAACCAUGAUCGAAAAGCUGCGCAGGUUAUUCCCAGGUGUCAGCGGUCGUUUACAAGACCUAUGCAGCCCCGUAGCAAGAAAGCACGACGUGGCUAUUCGAAUUGUAUUGGGCCGGAAUCUCAACGCUGUUGUUGUGGACUCCCAGAAAACUGCAUUUGAAUGUGUGGAGUAUCUGAAAAUUCAACGUUUGGGUUCAGCGUCGUUUAUUCCUCUCGAUACAAUCAAAGUGAAUCCCGUCAACGAACGUCUCAGAAAUCUGGCGAGCGGUGCCCGGUUGGCUAUCGAUUUGAUCAAGCAUGACCCCGUCUAUGAGAGAGCUGUGCAGCACGCUUGUGGAAAUACGAUCAUUUGCGAUUCGACACAAAUCGCUCGAAAUGUCGUCUAUGACAAGGGGAACGAAGUUAAGGCCGUCUCACUGGACGGUACUGUAAUUCACAAAGGUGGGAAUAUGAGUGGAGGGGUUACCGGCUUAGAUAGUUCGCGCAAGUUUGAUGAACGGGAAGUUCAGGGUUUGAAACGAGCACAAGAAGAUAUUCUGGCUAAAAUCAAGGCCAACAGUAGCAAUGCCCCAAGAGACAACGAUGAGGCGUUACUGGCAGAUAUUUCUCGAUUGGAGGCAACGUUGGCAUUCCUCAAGGAUGACCUGUUGGCAAGUGAAACUGCCCUGUCAGGUAUUAGGAGUGAGCUGGAGGUUUUGAGUCAAAAAAAGGAUGAAAAAGCACAAGCCGAGAUAGAUGCAAUCAAAGCCGAACUCAAUUCACUACAAGAAGCGCAGAUUGCAGUUAAUCGGGUUGAAGACAAGAUAUUUGAAUCCUUUUGCAGAUCAAUUAAUGUUGAAAACAUUCGAGAUUACGAAGGUCACCAUUUGCAGCUUCAACAACAGAAUAGUGUGGAGCAAGAACGACUUGAAACUACCGUGUCGAAACUACAGCACCAGAUCAACUUUGAAACGGAACAACUCGAGGGUCUAGUAGAACGUCAAGCUACCGUUCAAUCUUCUUCGGAGAAGACUCUCAAGACUCUUGAGAGUGUCACCGUCAAAAAACAGCAAGUUCAGAACGAGAUGAAGGAAAUAGAUCAAGAAAUUUCGCAAUUGAGGUCUCGUCAUGAUGAUUUCGUUCAAACUCAAUCGGAAAAAGCGGUCAUUGUUUCGGAAACUAAGAAGGAGUUGUCGAAAGCUGUUAAAGUCUUGGAUGCAGCUCUAAGAGAUAUUGGUGGUUGGAACGAUGAAAUCGAAAGGCUUGUAUCCGAUCGAUUGAACAUUUUCCGACGAUGCAAGCUAGAAAGCAUAUCACUACCUAUUCUUCAGGGAUCGUUACUUCAAAUUCCCAUGGAGGAAGUCGUCAGAGCUACUCCGGUGGGAGACGAGGCUUCGAGUGAAAAUACACCGCGAGCAGUGACCCCUCAAGAUUAUGGCAUCAAGCUUGAUUAUGCGAAGUUAGAUGAGGAGGAGAAAGAGAACCCCAGCUUUGAGCUAGAGCAGCAUUUCAUCGACAGACUCGCACGACUGAAUACGCAGAUCGAGGCUAUGGUUCCGAAAACGAGAGCUCUAGAAAAGUUAGAAGAAGUCGAAAAUCGAUUGAGGGAUCACGACCGAGAAUUUGAAGCUGCUCGCAAACUGGCAAGAGCCACCAAGGAUGAGUUCAAUGAGAUCAGGAAUAAAAGAGUCAAUCUUUUCAAUCAGGCUUACAGCCAUAUCAAAGACGAGAUCCAUGAAGUUUACCGGGAGUUGACCAGAGGAGAUCCCCACGACGGAAGAGUGGCCAGUGAGCGGGGGGUCUCAAAUGAUGGAAAAGCGUACCUGGAGCUAGAUGACUUCGAAGAACCGUAUCUACAUGGAAUUAAGUAUAGCACCAUGCCACCUGGAAAGCGUUAUCGAGAUGUCGAGCAACUAUCAGGAGGAGAGAAGACGAUGGCAGCACUUGCACUUUUAUUUGCAAUACACAGCUACCAGCCAUCGCCUUUCUUUGUUUUGGACGAAGUGGACGCGGCGUUAGAUAAUACAAAUGUCAGACGGAUUGCGGAUUAUGUUCGCAAGAAAUCAGGAGAAUCGGUGCAAUUUGUUGUGAUCAGUUUGAAAGGUACUUUUUACGAGAAAGCGUCGGGCUUGGUGGGGAUUUAUAGGGACAAUGAGUGGGGUGGGACGAAGAGUUUGACCCUGGAUCUUGAUCAAUAUGGUGAUUAAACUAAAUCUAUAUAUGUAGCUAGCUACUUGUAUUUCUUAUCGCGUUCUUCUUUUCUUUUCUCUAUUCUGGUUUGUUGUUACAUUGGGCUUUUGUUACUGCUGGGAUUUGGGGAGGGUCUCUAUGUAAAAGUAACCUCAACUUGAAGAUCAUUACUCUCGUUGUCUGGGAGCAGGACGAGCCAAGAAGAUCUUUGCACUUGCUGGAAAUCCAACCAAAACCACCGGACAGCUGGAUUACACUGCAGGCUGGACUGAACUAAAAAUUGAAUUAAUA